GUGAAACUAGUGGACAGCCCGUCAGAAGAGUUAUCAAAACAGAUUUAUAAUUCACAUAACUGCGACUGGAGCCAUGGCAACCGACUCAUGGGCUCUUGCUGUGGACGAACAAGAGGCUACAACCAAGUCUAUUGGCAGUUUGCGGAUUCUGGAUGUGGGACAUAGACCUGUUCUUUGCACUAAUGGGAGAACAAAACCCGUUGAUGAUGGUGACAAAUCUGACGAAGAGGAUAAAGAGGACAAAGCCACACAGUCCCUCUUAAAUAAACUGAUCAGAAGCAGUCUAGUCAACAACACAAACCAAGUGGAGGUUCUUCAGAGAGAUCCAAACUCCCCACUAUAUUCAGUGAAGACCUUUGAGGAGCUGAGAUUGAAACCUCAGCUGCUCAAAGGUGUGUAUGAAAUGGGCUUCAACAGACCCUCUAAAAUCCAAGAGAAUGCACUUCCCAUGAUGCUUGCAGAACCACCUCAAAAUCUGAUCGCUCAGUCUCAGUCUGGCACCGGUAAAACGGCCGCCUUCGUGUUGGCCAUGCUCAGCCAUGUGGACCCAACCCUUAAAUGGACUCAGUGUUUGUGCAUUUCUCCCACUUAUGAGCUUGCUCUGCAGACGGGUAAAGUCAUUGAACAGAUGGGCAAAUUCUACCCAGAAGUCACUCUGGCGUAUGCUGUUCGUGGACACAGAAUGGAGCGUGGUGUUGAAAUCAGAGAGCAAAUUGUCAUCGGCACACCUGGAACCGUUCUGGUCUGGUGCAUCAAGCGGAAGCUCAUUGACCCAAAGAAGAUCAAAGUGUUUGUUUUGGAUGAGGCUGAUGUCAUGAUCGCCACACAGGGACACCAGGACCAGAGCAUCCGCAUUCAGAGAAUGCUUCCCAGAGGCUGCCAGAUGUUACUUUUCUCUGCUACAUUUGAGGAGUCUGUGUGGAAAUUUGCUGAGCGGAUUGUGCCUGACCCCAACAUCAUCAAGCUCAAACGAGAAGAGGAGACCCUGGACACUAUCAAGCAGUACUAUGUGCUCUGCAACAGCAAGGAGGACAAAUUCAAUGCACUCUGUAACAUUUAUGGAGCUAUCACUAUAGCACAAGCAAUGAUCUUCUGUCAUGUGAACUCGGAAAACAACCGGCUUGCAGGGCAGAUGUCUAAAGAAGGCCACCAGGUGGCGCUCCUCAGUGGUGAAAUGGUGGUCGAGCAAAGAGCUGCAGUUAUUGAACGUUUCAGAGAGGGCAAAGAGAAGGUUCUCAUCACUACUAAUGUCUGUGCAAGAGGUAUUGAUGUCGAACAGGUGUCCGUGGUGAUCAACUUUGACCUGCCUCUGGACAAAGACAACAAUCCAGACAAUGAGACAUACCUCCACAGGAUCGGGAGAACAGGACGAUUUGGCAAGAGAGGGCUUGCCAUCAACAUGGUGGACAGCCAGCGCAGCAUGGAGAUUCUCAAGACAAUCGAAAGGCAUUUUAAUAAGAAAAUUCUGAGGCUGGAUACAGAUGAUCUUGACGAAAUCGAAAAGAUCUCCAACUGAAGUAAUGAAGACCCAAAAUGC